UCAAGAAAAAAAAAAAGAUCCAUCUCCAGGGAGUCCAGUUCUAUAACAAGCCCAUACAUAAAAAAUUUAUCAAACUUCUGUAAUAACCUUUCGUCGUCGUGUUCGUCUCUUUUAGGGUUUCCUGGUAUCGUUUUGGGUAGAUUUCGCUUCUUUCAUUCAAAUCCUUCGAGGAACAGUGCUAUAUGCUGAUUCCAGCUAACGAAUAAGUAAUUGAUUAGCUUAAAGCGAGAAUGUUAAAACAUGAAAGAAAUCGGAUAAACCGAGUGCAUCAGCUGUCCCCAGAUCAUAACUGGUUACUAAUCGAAACUAUAAAUAACAAGCUCUUGCGUCUUGUUGGCUUUCCUCUUUCUCAAUCAUAAUCAUUAGUUUGUUCUCCAUUGUAGCCUUUGUUCCUAUCUUCAGAAAAUCUGCUUUGGUAUAACAAAAUGUCUGGAAGGAAUCGAAUGCCACGGGGCCCACGUGAGGGCCCAAUUCACCGGGCCCACGGGCCCCUCCCUCCUCACCCUGCUGCUCUUGAAGAAGAACUUGAACUCCAACAUCGAGACAUUCAAAGAAUCAUGGCUGAAAAUGGACAUGUAGUAGAAGAAAAUGUGAGUCUUCAAAGGGAAUUAACUGCUGUGAAAGAUGAGAUUCAUAGAUUAGGUCAAAUCAUCCCCAAAUUACAUGCUGAAAAAGAUGCAAGAGCCAGGGAUUUAAUUGACAGAGGAAUGAAACUCGAGGCUGAGCUUCGUGAUGCUGAGCCUUUAAUGGCAGAUGUGGGACAAUUAAGAAGUGAAUUCCAGAAAUUGACUUCAUUGAGGCAAGAAUUGUCUAGUCAAAUUCAAGGUUUGACCAAAGAUACAAGUAGAUUGAAGGCUGAAAAUGAACAGGUGGUUGGACUUAAGACUGAUAUUGAUGGUAUGCAUAAAGACCUUGUUGAUAUGAGGAGAGAUUAUGAAAUGAUGAAGAAAACAAAUGAAGAACAUGUGAUUCAAAAGGAAGCAAUGGAAAAGAAUCUUAUUUCAAUGGCUCGUGAAAUUGAGAAGCUUAGAGGAGAGCAAAUGAGAACACGUGGACUUGGUGGUGGAGGAUAUGGAAUGUUAAAUGGAAGCCCUGAUAUGAGGUAUCAUCCAGGUGGUGGAUAUGGUGGUGGUGGUGGUUGGGGAUCUUAUGACCACCGAGGACCACCGCGUUAUUGAUAACAACAUCCUGUGUACUUUCUUGCCAGCUGGACAUAAAGGGUAUGUAUGGAUUGAUGCCAAAUUUACAUUUUAUCUGGUGUAAAUAUAAAAUGUAAUGUCAUCUUUAUGCAUGUUUAUGGAUAAUUGCUCCAUUGAAUUUAGAGUAAA